CCAGCGCUCCACCAGCCUGCACCCGGUGCCAGGCGCUGCCCCAAAACCGGCCCUGGCCCUGGCCCUGGCCCUGGCCCCAUCCCUGCUGUGUGGGCUGAGCCGUGUCCCUCUCCCCUCCCCAGGUCUCUGUGCUCUCUCCAUCAACCACGCCAACUCCUUCUUGGCUUACCCCGGCAGCGCCGCCAGCGGGGAGAUCGCCCUGUACGAUGGAAACACUUUGAAAACAGCCUGCACCAUUCCUGCCCACGAUGGGCCGCUGGCCGCUCUCGCCUUCAACUCCACCGGCUCCAAGCUGGCAAGUGCUUCUGAAAAAGGCACAGUCAUUCGUGUGUUUUCCAUUCCUGGGGGGCAGAAGCUGUAUGAAUUCCGGCGAGGGAUGAAAAGGUAUGUGAACAUCAGCUCCCUGGUGUUCAGCAUGGAUUCCCAGUUCCUCUGUGCUUCCAGCAACACGGAGACCGUGCACAUCUUUAAACUGGAGCAUCUCACUGACAGCCGGCCAGAAGAGCCUCCAACCUGGAGCGGGUACAUGGGGAAGAUGUUCCAGGCUGCUACCAACUACCUCCCUGCUCAGGUGUCGGGCAUGAUGAACCAGGAUCGAGCCUUUGCCACCGUCCGCCUCAACAUCUCCGGCCAGAGGAACAUCUGUGCCCUCUCCACGAUUCAGAAGCUGCCUCGGCUGUUGGUGACUACGUCGGAUGGACAUCUUUAUAUCUAUAACUUGGACCCCCAAGAUGGAGGAGAGUGUGUCUUAAUGAAGAAGCACAGGUAA